UGGAAAAAUUAGUAGUUAUAAAAAUAAAAUGUCACAAACCGUAGCAACAACAGCAUGGAUUGCUGCAGCGCUGACCUUACUAUUCAGCGGGUAUCUCUUCUACGAGUACAUCCUAGACUUCAACAUUGGGGAUGAGUACACCUAUUCCAACUACUCAAGCUUAACAACAGAACACUACGACCUCCGAAUGGAAUUAGAUUUUGAUAACAAAGUUAUUGUAGGAGAGCAAUUAUUAAAAAUGAAAUCCCUCAGCAAUUUCCUAAUGGAAGCUACACUUGAUAUCAAAGACUUAGACAUCCUAGAAGUGCUAUAUAACGGAUCACCAGCUGAUUAUAGAAUCUCUAACACAAGGCCUAAGAUAGGCCAGGCCCUCAGAAUCUCAAUCCCGUUCCAAUUCAUUGGCAAUGAAUUUGAGAUUUUGGUAAAAUAUAAGACUCAUCCAGAAGCUUCUGGUGUAAGCUGGUUAGACAAGACUCAAACACCUGGGAACAAGAUGGCUUACUUAUUUACUCAUUGUGAGACUAUUAACUGCAGGUCAAUAGCACCCUUCCAGGACACUCCAAUGGUGAAAAGCACUUUCACUGCACAUAUUGUAACUCCUGAAAAUAUGAUUGUUAGAGCGACCGGUAAUCUUACCCAAGAAUUUGAUUAUACAAAUUUCAGGUCAACAAAAUUUGAGAGCAAGAUUCCAAUUCCUUCUUAUCUGUUCGGCAUUGUUGCUGGUGAUCUCCAAGAGAGUGAUAUUGAUGCUGAAGGAAGAAUAAAGGUCAUUACCGAACGAGCUCUGAUGAGAGAAGCACAAUCCUCUCUUUCAGUCCUUGAACAAGCCUUAUCGACUCUGGAGGAGUACCUGACAGAUUAUAUCUGGGGAGAUUACAAGAUAGUAAUUCAGCCUCCUAGUUUCCCACAUGGAGGAAUGGAAAAUCCUUUGUUGAACUUUGCGUCAUAUACUAAGAUUCAGGGAGACGCUUCAUCUGUAGACGAUACCAUCCAUGAAAUCGCUCAUUCUUGGGCAGGCAACCUAGUCACCCCUAAAAACUGGAAUGAAGUCUGGCUAAAAGAAGCUAUGGCCACAUUCCUCGAGAGAAAAGUUGUUCAUAAAAUUUAUGGCGAAUCUGCUUACAAAGACAAGGCGAUGAGAGGCAAGCUCUCAAUGGAAGACAAGAUCAUCGAAGUUGGAGCUGAUAGCGAAUAUACCAGACUCAUCCCUGACCCUAACAAAGUUAGUGAUCCAGACCAUAUCCUAACUGCCAUCCAGGCAGAGAAAGGAUUUGAGCUACUUGCGCUUAUGGAAGAAUUGGUUGGAGAAGCCUUAUUUAAAGAUUUCUUGGUGGAAUAUUUUAAUACCUUCGAGUUCCAAAAUGUUGACUCGAAGCAGUUUGAGGACCUCUUCGUGGAUUUCAUUUACAGAGCUUUCGAUCAUCAGACAGCUUUGAGAAUCUACGAGGGUGUUAACUUCAACCAAUGGCUGAGAGGUUAUGGAGCUCCACCAGAAGGAGUGAACUUCCUUACUCCUGAAGCAGAAAGAGCCAUCAACUUGGCUGAAGAGUACAUCAUUGCUGCAGGUGCAAGUACUCCUUCAGGAUGGAAAGAUUGGCAAAGAUUCUCAGUUGACUUGAAGUACAUCUUCUUGAAACACUUCCUUGAUGAUAUUAGUAGACUUAACAAAGACUUAGUUGACUUAAUAGAUGGAAAUAAUGACUUGUACUACCUAACCAAUCCUGAUCUGAUCUCUCUGUUCAUGCAGAUUGGUAUUGCUGGUGAUUACUAUGAGUAUCCAUUCAGGUUCCCAGUAGAGUUCGUCUCCAUUGUUGGAAAUUAUGAACUAAUAGCACCUAUUUAUGCUCAAAUGGUCCUGAAGAAUGAAGAGGGAGCCCAAAGAGUAUUUUAUGAGAAUGAAAACUUUUACUCACCCAAUAUCAGAGAAGACUUGAAGAAAAUUGUUGGUAUUUUGUAA